AGUUCCUUCUUCCGGCUUUGUAGCACCGUUUCUGUGUGGUUCUGUCCUGAAGCGAGACAGAGGAAACAACUGAAGACGGUCGGAAGUGUUCACCUCGAAGCCCCGUGAGCCGAAGAGGGAGGAUUUGAUGCGACUGCUCUGAUGUUAAAAGACCAAGCGAUGUCGGUGGUGUUUGACGGGAGUCCGCUGAAAGCGAUGCAGAGCUCCCACACUCACAGCCCGCACACCGCCCCGAGUGCCCAGGAACUAUCUCAGGAGAUCAAGUCCUUUAUCAGUGGCGUUGACACCGUUCAGGGCCGGAAGCUCAGUGUCCGGGAACACGCCCGCUGUGCAGUCCGGCUGCUGCGCUCAGUCCCGGCCUGUCGAGGGGCUGUGCUGGAGCAUCUGAGGGGUGUGUACGAUGAACACGUCUCGGCCUUCCUGCACAACCUGGAGACAGAGGGGAAUGGCGGCUCUGGGGUCAGCUCCAAUCUGGAGGACAUCAUACAGGAAGUCCAUGGCGUGCUUUCAGAGUUCAUCCGACUCAACCCCCGGGCCUGGGCCCCCCUGGUGUCUUCCUGGGCGGUGGACUUGUUGGGCCAACUGAGCAGCAAGCACGCAGGCCGCAGGGUGGCCCCCCACUCCUCCAGCCUCAACGAGUUGCUCCAGCUCUGGAUGUCUUGUGCUGCUACCCGCUCCCUCAUGGAGGCCUACUCGCAGUGUUUGGCCGCCAUGCUGGCCUGGUGCCCUGAUGCCUGUGUUGAUGCGCUGUUGGACACCUCGGUUCAGCACUCCCCGCAUUUUGACUGGGUGGUGGCUCACAUUGGGUCUGCCUUCCCCGGUACUAUCAUCAGCCGAGUCUUGGCAUGUGGACUUAAGGACUUCUGCUCUCAUGGUGCCAAGGACCAAGGGUUAAUGGUGAUGGGCUUGGAAAAAGGUAACAGAGUGCCUAAGAUCGGCUCUGUUGUGGGAAUCCUAGGACACCUCGCAGCGCAUCACUCAGACAGCAUCAGGAAGGAGCUGCUCAGGAUGUUUCAGGAGAGCUUGAGUCCAUCAAGCCCCCUUUCUCCCACUUCAUCCUCCACUUCCUGGGAGAGUUCCCCUCAGCUUCGUCGAGCUGCAGUGCCAUUUCUGCUCCAGCUGGCUGCCAUGUCCCCUAACCUCUUUGGUGCUGUGUCUGCAGAGCUGGUCGAACUGUUACGCCCCCCUGUCCUGCUCCAGCUGCAGGCCUUGCUGCAGGGCCUCCCCAGAGAGGAGCUGGAUAACAUGCUGGGUCUUGCUGUCCACCUUAUUAGCCAGAGUCCGUCAGGAGGAGCCCGUGUGCUCCGUUUUCUGGCGGACACUGCGACUCCGGCCUCAGUCAUCAUCUCUGGCCCAACACCGUCCCCGCAUGAAGGAGUCAGAGAAGGCUGUGACCGCCUCCUCCAGAUGCUGCUUCUGCAUCUCCACAAACUGGUCUUCAACCGCUCAGAUGGAGUUGAGGGAAAUCCACAUCACUCUGCUUCGUCUCAACCCCAGAGGGUCAUCCUCUUCUUGGAGGAGCUGCAGUCUCAUGUGGGUGAGCUCUGUGCUGAGACACUGCGACUGGAGAGAAAACGUCACCUCUGGCUGCACCAGCUUCUGUGUCUGCUGUCCAUCUAUGGGGGUCCCAGUGUGGCCACCGAGGCCCUCUGCCAGCUACUCACCCAGGCCCGCAACCCAGAGGAGUUGGCUCUGGCCUGGCAGCUUCACACCACCCUCUCCUCUUGCAUGGCAGGACUCAUUCCCACUGCUGUAACUCGCUGUGUGGCCCAGAUCCACACACACACCCUGGGGCCUCGGCAGCUGAGGCAGCUGCUGCUCAACUUGGCUGCAGCCAUCCAGAGUCAGGAUGAGGAGAGAAGAGGAUCAGCUAGUGCUCAGUCCUCCAUGGCCACCCAGUUGGGUUCAGCGGUCUCUGUACACCUCCAUGAUUUUGGCCCACUCCUUCUCCACGGUGACCCAGCUGUAUCUCAUGCCACAGUGCGCCUCCUGUCCUGUAGCCCCCUCCCUCGGACCUUCUGCCCAGCACACCUGCUCCUGCUCUCCCGUGCCGCUGUCACUCAUUUCUUUCAGGCACUUCGUAGAAGAGGAGAAGCGGGGAAGGUGGGUAAAGAUGGGGGACAGGCGGGCGAGGCGGUGAAUUGUUCAGUCCUUCUCCUGUCCCGUUUAGCGGUGUACUCUCCGCUCACACUCAAGGCAGUGCUUCAGCAGCUGGUUGAGGGAGCGCUGCAUAAAGGCAACACUGACCUGUUUGGAGGGCAGAUUGCAGACAUGUCUGGUGCCCCUGUGCCUUCCCCCUCUGUGACCCCUGAUGUUGGAGCCUCCCUGCUUGACAUCAACUGUCGGUUCGGCACCACUGUCAACUUUUCUGGCAGCGUGUGGUCUGUAUUUCAUGCUGGGGUAAUUGGCAAGGGGCUGAAGGUACGCUCUGACAUACAGCUGCCUGACCCAUCUGGGGUCAUCCAGAACAUCCAGACUAUUCUGGCUGUCGUGGUACAGUGUUGCAGCUCCUCUGGUCUCAACGGCUCUAUGAACGGCUCACGUCCAGCAUCUGACCCCGACGAGCCGCUGCCCAUCAACGCCGAGGCAGCCAAGGUUGUUGCAAUCACACUGGUGGAAAGCGUCUGUCCGGAUGUGGCCAAUGGGGAGCUGUCUUGGCCCCCAGAGGAGCACGCCCGCACCACGGUGGAGCGAGACAUCCACAUUCGACGCUGGUUUGAGGCCCACCCGGUGAUUUUCCCUCUGCUUCAGGUGGUGGCAGCUGGACGUCCGGCUCUCUGCUACUGCUCAGCUGUGCUCAGAGGCCUCCUAGCUACUCUGCUGGCCCACUGGGAGGCGUCCCGUGAGAUGUCAUCCACAGACUCCCCGUGGCACCUUCAGGCCUCCUGCCUUCUGGUGUCCUGCAUGGGAGAGGGCCAGCUCCUGCCUCCUGUUCUGGCCAACGUCCACGAAGCCUUCCCCCACCUCACUCCCUUCGAGGUGAGGCUGCUCCUCCUGGCUGUGUGGGAGUAUGUGAGGGGCAAUGGACCAAUGCCCCAGAAGUUUGUCUUCAGCUCAGAGAAGGGCCUGUUCUGCAGGGAUUUCUCACGGGACGGUGAUGUGGCAAGAUACGUGGCACCGAUUCACAGCGUCCUGCAUAAAAACAUUGAUAGAUUGGGACACCUGUGCUGGCGGUUCCAGCUCUAAGAUAAGAUGAACCUUUAUAGAUUUACCUGUAGGGGAAAUUCAAAAGGGUAGUAGGGAGCAAACUGUGAAGAGCGUGUGACGUGGAAUAAAUAGAUGCAGUAAAAUAGAUGUAGUACUUACAUUGCUCAGAGAGUGGACUGCCGUGUUCUUCACUUUUAUUCUUGUGUGUGUGUCUUCUGUAACAUUUUUCGACUUUUCUAACAAGUUGUUAUUGUGAGAAAGGGACAUGCAAACAGGCACACAUGUACAAUAGUGUGUUUAUACAGAAUGUCCUCACAAAAAACAACCUUAAUAAGUCAUUUUUGGUUUUGAAAAUACAACAUGCUUUGGCUAAAUCAUUUAUAAUUUUGUGAAAUUUUCAGAUUUUUCAUGUCCUAAAAUUGUGGCUGCAAUCUUUCCUUGUUUUUUUCAACAAAAUAAACCCUCAUUUGUUUCUGA